ACCUACUGUUACCGUAGAAUGAAAUGGAAGCAACAGAGUGUGAGUUAAUUAUUGCUGAUUGGGAAUCAUUUGCAUGCCCUGCUCAUAAAUGUCAUGUUUGUAACCAAGAAGAAAACAAAGAAGUUGCUGAGUUGCAGUUUGCGGUGUGCCGGCGUUGCCCUAUGUCAUAUCACAGGCAGUGUUUGCUUGGAGAAAAGAUAAUUGGGCCUUCAGAUGCUUUAGUUUGCAAGAAUGAGUUCAAAGGAAACCAACUUGUGCUUAAACAACAGAACAGUUUAGGGAGAUGGAUUCCCAAGGAAAGUCGUUCUCUUUUCUCUACUAAUGCUUAAACCUGUGUCCGUAGA